CCAUACCCAUCCGUCCACCCUUGAGUAGCCGUGUACAGUUGCAGCACAGGCCAUUGACCUGCGCGCGUCGAUCGAGGGAGAGGAAGACGAAGACAUCUUCGAGGCGUCGAUCCAUCCACCAUGAAGGUGCAGUGCGACGUGUGCGCGGCCGAGGCGGCCUCCGUGUUCUGCUGCGCCGACGAGGCCGCGCUCUGCGACGCCUGCGACCGCCGCGUGCACCGCGCCAACAAGCUCGCCGGGAAGCACCGCCGCUUCUCGCUGCUCCACCCCUCGUCGUCUUCGUCGGCGGCCCAGAUGCCACCGCCGCUCUGCGACAUCUGCCAGGAGAAGAGGGGUUUCCUGUUCUGCAAGGAGGACAGGGCGAUCCUGUGCCGGGAGUGCGACGCCGCGGUGCACACGGCGAGCGACCUCGCCACGCGCCACGCCCGCUACCUGCUCACUGGCGUGCGGAUCUCAUCGGAGCCGGCCGCUUCCCCCGCGCCACCGUCUCAGGAGGACGAGAACGCCGGCAGCUUCUGCUGCAGCGGCGGAGACGACGACACGGCCCCGCAGGCCAGCAGCGGCAACAGCAUCUCCGAGUACCUCACCAAGACGCUGCCGGGGUGGCACGUCGAGGACUUCCUCGUCGACGACGCCACAGCGGCCGCCGCUGCUUCGGCGGCUGGAUCGUCGUAUCAGGGAGUCGCUCAGAAUGUUGGGCUGCACGAAGCCGGCUACCCAGCUGCGUGGACGGCGCAGGAGCACUGGGUGCCGCGGAGUACCGGGGUGCCGCGGGUGUACGCGGCAGAGCUGGGAGGCAGCAAGAGGUCCCGGACGUCCUCCGGCUACCAGCACUGGUGAAAUUAACGGUCAAUGUCGAUGGUACAUGACUUGUACUAGAUGAUGUUGUUUUCGGGGGGCAUAACUACUCCGUUUUUGCGCUACUAGGCGUCCUUGUUCCUUGAUGUUUGGGAGUGUUCGUGCUUUUUUAGGUGGAGGAGAAAAUCUCCGCGCCUUUAUAUACUCUCCUACACAUUCCAAAGUUUAUAUAUGCCCCUCAUACGCAUGAAUGUACAGUUUCCCCCAUUAAUAACAAUAGUUUGGAACCUGAAA